AUGCGUUUCGCCGCCGCCGCCACUGCUGCCGUCGCUCUUCCCGUUGCCGUCAGCGGCAUCAGGAUCAUCCAGGGCAACGAUGACGGAUGGGCCGAGAAGAACGUGCGCCUCGUGCACGACGCCCUGAUUGCCGCCGGUCACGACGCCGUUCUCUCCUGCCCGGCUGAUAACCAGUCCGGCCGUGGUUCCCUGGACAGCGACCCCAAGGACCGCACCUCGGCGUGCGAAUACAACAGCUGCGCAGCCAACAGCGGCCCCACGGGCAGCAACGCCACGGACCCCCGUCUCAACUGGGUCAACUCGUACCCGGUGACGGCCAUCCGCUACGGCAUCUCCGACUUCGCGCCCAAGCUGUGGGACAACGCGCCGGCCGAGCUGGCCGUCACGGGCCCCAACGUCGGCUCGAACCUGGACAUCCAGGUGCCCUUCUCGGGCACCGUCGGCUCCGCCGUCUACGCCGUCAAGCAGGGCAUCCCGGCCAUCGCCUUCUCGGGCGUCGGCGGCAGCCGCACCGCCUGGAACGCCGAGACGCCCCUCUUCGCCCAGGUCUACGCCGACCUCGCCCUCAACCUGACGUCCAAGAUCAUCGAGAGCGGCACCCCCUACCUGCCCGCCGACACCUUCCUCAACGUCAACUUCGGCGAGGUCGACGACACGACGUGCAAUGAUGCGAGCAAGUUCUCCUUCGUGCUCAGCCGCAUCAACCUGAAGACCCCCGGCCUGUCCACCGACGAUGUGGCCCAGUGCGACCGCACCAGCCUGCCCAGGGAGAGGGAGGUCGUCGACACCGACGGCUGCUGGGUCAGCGUGAGCGUUGGUGACGCCGGCGACAAGACGACGGCUACCGCUGACAAGCAGGCCGUCGUGCUGAACAAGCUGCAGGGCCUGCUGAGCUGCCUGCCUGCUUAA